CUUGGUAGUACCAGUAGCCUUGGGCAUUAUUGGAAAAAUUGAUUAGCCUUAGAACUUAAAAUGGUGAUAAUAUUAAUUUAUAAAUAUAAAGUUCCUAGGAGCGAUUGCUUUUCAAUAAUUAGUAUUAUUGAAAUUAUCUUGAGGUCACUUUGUUGUAAUAAUUUCACUAAAUUAGUGCAGAAUCAUGAUCAGCAAAUCAGUCCUAGUGUUUUUGUUUGCAAUAAUGUUUCUAGGUUUCUGUUCCGCACCAACAAUCAGCGAUAUUGAAAGUAGCAAUGACCGACGACUUAAUAACUACCCUCUUUAUUUGAACAUAAAUAACGAAGAGAUAGGGAUAUUCACUGAUCGAUCAAGAAGGAUAAACAUGACAUUAAGUGCCGCUUCGCCAGGAUUAGUGAAACACGACUAAAACGAAAAAAUAAUAAUAAUACUAAUAUUAUUGAACUCAAGUCAAUAUAUAUGUAUAUUUUUGUGCAUAACAUUUUGAAAAAAUUAAAUUUCAUGCAUAGGUAUAGAAUUUUUAAUACCUAUUUAGAAGUACCAGUCGUUCUAGUGACUAAACGUAUGUCGCUUCUUGAACAGACAAAUAAAAUUAGGUUGGGAAUUUCCUAUUUGUACAUGAAUUUAGCAAUCGACAUUCGUUUUUGUUGGUAAUUUUCUGUUUCAUCUGAUUCGUGAUUGAUAAAUAAGGAUAGAGUUAUUCUAAAUGGGUAUUAAAAAUACUAUACAUCCAUCUCCUGUCAUAACCAUCUCAUCGUUGCAGGGGGCAAAAAUAUUUAAAGUUUUAUUUCUAAUUCGGUAUAUCGUAUAAUCAGUCACCCACCUUCUCUAAAUAUGUACCUUUUUUUUAAAUUAACUUAACGGCAAUAGUUAAAAAUCACUCGUAUACUACCCCAUUCAACAUGCAACAAAUGGUUGGAAAAAAAAUCUCUUUCCUACGAAAUAUUACACUCAAGAUUAAUCCCAUGAUUGAUCUUGCUUUAGGCAUUCAAAAUUCACCAGCCAUCGCCUCAAAUUAAUGAUUUUAGUGGAGCUACCCUACAUUUUCCCAGCAAUCAAGCAGAAAAUCAUGCAUCAGCAUUUGAAAUACUUUAGAAAUUUUUGCAUAUUCUAUUCACAGCGAACCCAAAGGAUCAUUUAAAGUCGAAAAGACACUAUCUCAACAUCGAAAAAUUGGAAAGUUCAACUUUCAACUGUGACGGAACUAGCUACUGCCCCUUUUUGGGCUUUAGUCAAACCACACCAGGGAUGCCAGAAGUUUUCACUUUGACUGACUGUAAAAAUUAACCACUAGCCACAUCAACUAUAUCUCCAAUGAUCGAAAGAGUUUUGUUUGACAUACCAUGUUUGACUGGUUACGUGAAGAUUAACCACGUUUGUGUUGCAAGCUUCGAUGUUCCCAAAGUUGAUAAAACAGCUUCUAAUAGGUUGACAGCCACAACCAUAUCUCCAAUGAUCCAAAGCACUCAAAGGAGAGUUUUGAUUGACGAUAAUCCCUGUCUGCCUGAUUUCAUAAAAGUUGGCCAAUUUUGUAUCAAGGAUGGAAAAUACAAUCCUCCUAGAGCUUAAAGCACAGACGGCACAGCUUUUUACAACUGGUAUGGUUAAGGGUAUGGUAAUGGGUAACUUGAAGACGCAACUGGGGUACGUUAUGGAGAUUUCCAUUAUGUUGAGGCAACCCAGAUGACAACAUAAAAGUUAUUAGGCAACCUCACAUCCAAAAUGUUAAUCAAAUGUUUAUAAUAUUGUUGUGUUCGAGUGGUUAAUAAAAUCCUCCCGCUAAAUAUAACGUUUAGUUUUACUGUAUAAAGGUACUUCGUCAAUAAAUAAUAGUAGCUUAGCUUCCGAGCCAUGACGUAACUGGUAAGGAAAACAGAGCGAGACAAGGAUCGGAUCCUUUGUCAUGGUCUUAUAGGAAGCACCAUGGCUCUCGUCGUAGAUUACUUACAUACCAUUCAUGCUGCACGCCUUUCUUGAUUUUGUCCCACGUGGUUGGUUCUUCUGUUGUUGAAUCUGAUAGUCUUCCUUGUACAUUAAUGAUGACAAUCAAGCACAAAAAAGUGCUAAUUUCCUUGAUGAGUACAUACCUACUUGAUUUGUUGUUGCCUGUGUGCAAAUUGUUUACUAAAUAAAAUGAGAACGCCUACUUCAGAAUCCUACACGAGGAUCUAUAAUCUCUAAUUAUAGAUAAAAUAAAAAAGGGGGUUUUUUGAUUCACAAUGGCAUUUGCAUUGUUAGUCAACGUACAGAAUAUUCAAGGUUAUCGCACAAAAUUGAAAGACCUUAGAUUGUCAUACGACUGUUAUUCUUAUAUUUGUAAUGGAGUCCUGGCUGAAUGAUAGCAUAUUGGAUCAGGAACUUAUUGAUUUGACCAGAUACUCAAUAUUUUGGAGAGACAGGAUCACCACAUGUUCGAAAAAAGAUGAUGGUGGUGUGAUUAAUAAUGA